AUGAACUUCCUGUAUAAUAAAAUUAAUAGCAUUGGAUUAUUUUGUAUUACAAAGGACAGGUGUAAAUCUAGUAGCUGUCUUGUAGUAGAACUUCAAGAACCAUUUACAUCUACAUGGGAUGAAGAUUGUGACAAGAAAGGCUUUGUUCCAAGAAAACAACAAACAGAAGAGACUGAUGUUUACAAAAUCCCACAAAACUGUACUUACACUCUACAAGAGUUUGACACCACACCCAGUAACAGUGAAGUUGAUCCCGGUACCACAGCAACAUUAAGAUGUAGGAUCCGAAACAGACAAGGGGAAUGUGUUUGGUUAAAAGAUGGAGAAGUUGUUGGUAAAAUAAAAAACAAAUACAGUUAUGAAAAAGAACCACCAGAUGGAGAUUGUAGCAUUGAAAUUACAGAUGCUGAACUACUGAUUGAUGAUGGGUACUGGCAGUGUCAAGUGACCCAAGCAUCUUUAGAAGAUCCUACCUUAAAGUCAGAGAAGAUUAAAUUGAGUGUACGAGUAACUCCUUCACCACCACAGAUAGAAAACACCACCACUCAUAUUAAAUUAGGAAAUAAUCUCAACACAAAAGCGAAAGAGCCCCUGAAGCUGGCUUGUGUAUCCAGGAAGGGGAAUCCUCCACCAGAGCUGAAAUGGUUUAUCGAGGAUGAUAACAUAACAAAUAUGGCCAAUCAAACCAACUUACCUGAUACAGAAAAGCCUAAGACGUGGCAGGCUGUAAGCAUUCUGCAUUACAGUUUUUAGGUACACAAAGGCCAGCGAUUGCGAUGUGUAGCCUUUCACAAGAGUUAUGACACUGGCUUCCAAGAGAGCUACUCAUAUCUGGAUGUGAUGUAUAUUCCAGAAAUCAAACUGGAGGGAAAACCAAAUGAAGAUAUUGAAGAAGGGAAAUCACUAACUCUUAGGUGUGUAGCAGAUGCAAAUCCAAAAGCUAGCAUCACCUGGAAAAAGUCUGGUCAUGCUGGGGUCUACAGCACCAAUGAAGAGGUUACAUAUUUACCUAUUACAAGAAGUGAUUCAGGAGUUUAUAGCUGCAGUGCACGAAAUGGUGUAGGAGAAAGCAAGGAGCUAGAAAUUUCAGUGGAUGUAAAAUAUAAACCCGAGAUCAAAGAAGUGAUUCCUAAUGGAAAUGUGUUGACUGAACUCUAUAGUUCUCAAGAGCUGAAUUGCCAAGCUGAAGGAAAUCCUGCUCCCGAGUACUCUUGGCUUCAAAAGAAACCUGGUGAAACGAAUGUAUGGCAGGAACAGGGAAAAGGUGCAACUUUUAAAAUAGAAAACGUUACUUAUGACUUUCAAGGUCGGUACAUUUGUGAGGCAAAAAACUACAUCAAUGGAAUAGAACAUAAAGUUCAGUCUGAAGAGAUCAAAUUAGAUGUUACUGGAAGUCCUCAAGUCAUUAUGGGUAUGACUACCACAAAAGAUGAAGUAGUUGUGAAGAAAAAUGAGGAUGCUACAAUUAGUGCUGUGUUUUGUGCUGAUCCAAAACCCAAACAGGUGUUCUGGGAGUGGGGCAGUCUGAAGCUAGAAACAGGAUCAAAACUUGCACGUUAUGCUGCCAUAGCACUUGUGCCUGUGAGACAGUGGGAUGACUGCUAUGAAGCUAAACUUUUUAUACAAAAUGUUGAAAAAAGUGAUUCAAGGAAGUAUGUUCUCCAUAUUGAAAAUACGAACGGACAAGAAACAUAUGCUGUCACAUUGUCAGUUAAAGAACCUGUGGCCUUGUCUAUGGUGAUAGGUGUAGCAGUGGGCUGUGCUGCCUUUUUGGUGGUCUUAAUUCUAAUUGGUAUAUACAUCAUCAUCAAAAAAAAGAAAUAUUUAUUCAAAAAAAAAGUGGGAUUGAAUCAGAAUUUUGAAAGUCAAAGAUCAGAUGAGCUAACAGGCAAUGGGCAAGCAAGAAAUACACCAACGGCUAUUCCACCAGAUGCUCUCUAUAGUGCCCCAGAAAAGCAGUUAAACCAGAAAGAAGAAAACAAGGAUGAUAAUAAACAGUAUGAAAACAUGAAUAUGGACAAGAAUAAAAAUGGCUCCAAGGAUCAUGUAGUGUAUGCUGACUUGGAUUUUGUUAUACCAGCUGAAAAAAAUGGAAACAAGAUAACUAGAACUCCAGUGGAUAAAACAGAAUAUGCAGAAAUACAAUUUCCUCCUAAAGCUGGUGACCAGAACAACAUUUAGUUAUAAUAAUUUUCAGUUCAAUUGCUCGAAGUCUGCGCUUUGUCAGUUUGUUACCACCGUUUACAGUAAUUCAAGUAUUUCUCAUACCAAAAUUUUUAAAACCAUGUAUGUGAAUUACAUAGUAUAUUAAGAACAAUAUAUUUGAAGUUUAAGAAACAUUUUUGUGGGAAGAAUUGUUGAACUAAUAAUUGAAGGAAGCACUUUAGAAAUUAAAUUUUUCAUAAAUAUUUUUUUUUUUAAUAACUUUUCUGUAAACUUCCCAUUUCUUUCCAUAAAUAUGGACAAUGAUAUGGUAAUUAAUGAUACACAUUUCUUUUAAAUACUGUGAUACUUUUUUGUAAAUAACUUGAUUUUGAAUCGUUAGUAUAUGUCAUUAUAAUAAAGAAAACAAUGUCUGUAUGAUUCUUUGUAAUAUCAUACAGAAAUUGCUUGCUUGAAGUUAGCUGCUUUAUUGAUAAGAAAAAUGGUAUGUGUGUGUAUAUACAGUAUGGAACUUUAUAUAUCAUACUAUAUAUAUUGUCGUACUCUUGACUUAAUGAAAUUAGUUCAACUAGUUCAAUUUUUCGAGAAUUUGGAAAAACACAGCUGUAGUAUGUAACUUUAAGAGCAUACAUAUAGUGUUUGAAGCAAAAAAUGUUUUCAUUUUUAUUGUAGGCUGUCUGGAUUCUGCAAAUGUUUUAUUUCUUAAAUAAUAAUUUUGUGUACUAUUAAAUCUUUCUAUACUGUGCAUGAGAUAAUGAAUGAUACUGUAAUGAUAUAUUUAGCUAUGUUAAUGUAUAAAGAGUUUUACCAAUAUAUUGACUCCAGGCAAAUGAGUAAGUGCAACUGUACUAGUGUGGCUAUUAAUGGAAUGUGUUUUGUCAACAGACUCUGUUUUAGCUUUAAUUGUCUGGUGAUUAAUCAUUUGCCACACCUGUAACUGUUUUAACAUGCUUCAUUCCACCAUUUACUUGAACAUGAGUUUUCCUGCAGUCCUAUGUUGCUGUUUGUAUAUUCCAUUUCUGGAUGUUGUCCAUCUACUGAGUACAUGGUUGACCUGGUUGUCACUUUCGUACGACUUUGUCUUGUAGUAUAAUCUUACUAGUUAGUUCCAUUUGGGCAACAUAUAUACCCAAAGAAAUCGAACUUGAGACUGACUGUAUGCCCAAGGGGCUCUCAUUCAUUCCAAGUUCCUCAAAGAUACUGUCAUUUCUUGUAAGUUGAGUUUAGUUGGUGCAUUACAUUCACUGAUAAACAUCACAUUCCAACAGCCAUAAUUGUUUUCUUCAUCUACCAUUUUCAAUGUCCAUCUUCCAACAUAAUAGGUUAUUACUGUCCAUAUAAGACUUUUUAUGUAGCAUAUUUUCAGAUUUAGUUUGAUGAUGAUGUCUUUCCAGAUGUGGAUUAAAUUUUCCAUCCAAAUUUCAGCCUUGAUGAAACAAGUUUGGAAGUCCAUCGACCAAUCACCAGUAUUUGUUGUGAUGGCACCUAGGUAUCUGAAGUGAGCUCCAUUUUCAAUGAAUUCACCAUCUAUAGAGAUGGUAGUAUUGGUUGGUAGAUCUUGUGUUGUCAUCAGUUUAGUUUUCUUGACAUUUAGUUUUAAUUUUCAAGUUUGUAAGAUCUUCUACUUCUUAGCUAGAGGCGAAAUAUGGUCUGUAUUGUCAACAUAAUGAAAUUAGGCAACCACCAAUGCACAUCCAUAUUGUCAGUUUCUGUUUCUCUCAUGAUGUUUUCAGUGGAAGUGCUGAACAGCAUUACCAUUCAACCUUACCACUCCUGUCUGGUCUAUGCAGAGGAAUUGUACCAAAGUUACCAACUGUUUUAGCCAACCCAUCUGAAGUAUUAUUUCAAGUAAUUGUUUUACUCUAUAAAUAUGAAGAAAACCAUUAAGUUGAUGUAAAAGUGUGGAUGCUGCAGAGUGUGUGUCUAGUAACUCUUCCAUCUUUAUAUGCAACCCAUUUGUCUGGUUGUUGUUUUUUAGAUGAUUUUCCAGUAAUCUGGCCAUAUUCAGUUUUUCCAGACUUUUGUACAUAAUUUAUGAAGGAGGGUGGUAGGACCACUGUUCUGGAUCGCCUCAGCUGAUAUGCCAAGUCCUGUAGCCUUUCCUUGUUUGAGUUAUUUAAGUGGUUGUUCAACUUCAAUUCAUCUAUACCAAGUUCGGUGAUUUUUAAUUAAUUGAAGGUUAUGGGAAAAUAGGUCAUUUCCAUUUUUUGUGAAAGUAAGUGCUAGCAUAUAUACCAUAAUUAUUGUUAUUGAAGUUAGUUUGAUAUUCACUUUGAUUACUAGUAUCCUGUGAGACACAGGGUUUUAGCUGAUUAGGCUUUUGUAAGCCUUUUUUUUUCUUUUUUUUUAAGGAUUAUGGCUACACUGUUUCUCUCCAAUUCUUCACCUCUAUAAAUAAUGGUGCUAUUCUCUUCCAACUUGAAAUGCCCAUCUGACCUCACAUGAAUGUUUAGAUGAUGUUCCAGUUCUUUUACAAGAUGUAGCUUUUCUAGUUGUUUUAUUGAAGUGGUAAUGUUUGGUGUGUUUUAGACUGUCUGAGGAUAUACUCCCAUCAGAGCAUAUUGUGGUUUGGGGAAAGUACUAUGAUUUUUUCUUAUAACUUCUUUUAAUUUUUCUGAACUCCAUCUCUCAAGUAGUAUAUAUUCAGCAAUGAUCCUGGAGGAGUCAAAAAUUGUUCAUGUGCUGGUUGCUCUGUCAUGAUGCUGCAUAGUGUUUUUGGCAAAUUAUAAAAAUGGUUGUUAUUAUAGAUUUAAGUACUAAGUACAUUAAAUAUACUCUACUAAGUACUUCAUAGAAUGGAUGUAGGUUAGAAUAAUAUUCUUACAAAAAACAAAAACUAAAAAUUCAGAUAUACAGAAACUGCUGAAUGCAGUUUCAUACUUGUUGGGCUUUUUAAAUUGCAUAUUAAUUAAAAAAAUAUUUUAAAAACGGGAAAGAAUGAGAAAAUUUACAAUUUAGUGAAGUUAGUUCAUAAAUACUAUUGAUAUCUGUCAUUUUUGUAUGUUGCAUUAAUAUACAGGUAAUUUGUAAAAUUAUUUUUGUUUUGUGUUGAACACUUAUCAGUAAUGGAACCAAAAGUAUUACAUUACCAAUUUUAAUGCGAGUAAUCACCAUAAUGCACAUUGUAAAGAUUAACGUGAGGCAUGCUUUAGGUAGAGAAUGACUAAUACCUGUUUUGAUCUCCAUCAUUACAGAAUUGGUUUUCUAGAUAUAUUUGACAUACUGGAGCUUCUGUUAUUCAGGUUCCUCUGAAGGAAAAAACAUUUUAUAGGAGUAGAAAAGUUUUAGUUGUCCAGCCUUGCCCACAAACGUACGUUAUAGUAUUGUAGGUUAGAAUCUAAAGGUUUGAUGCGUGUGUGUGGAACCAGUAGUUUGAUAUGUAUCAUUCUUUAUUGAAAAUAAGCUUUGUUUCGUGAUUAAUAUUGCAGAUCAAUAUAUUAAAUAUCCUUAUAGUAUUAAAUUGUGUUUGCUCACAAGUUAAUUAUCCUGCUAUCCAGCUAGAUUUUAAGGCAAAAAACACAUUUCAUCCUUUUAUUGUCCACCUCCUCCAUUAAUAUUUUAAGAUGCUUUUACAUGCAAAAUAACUAAGCAUACUAAUAGGUAGAUAUUUUUGUGUUAAUUAAUAGCUUGUGCCAUAUAUUGUGGUGCCUUGCAGAGCUGUAAAUAUAAUUUUUAUCACAGAUUCAGAGGACUAUCAGUUUUUAAUGCAAAGAAGGUUUUAAUCAACAGUACAUUUGAAAAGACUAAGUGAGUGUAAAACUAUUUUAUAGCCAUAUACAGGGCCAUAUUCUUUUAAGUUAAUUCCUUCUUUUUAUUAUUCAUUUGGUAUUUCUUUUAUGUUUUGCUCAUUACCUGCAGUAUGUAAUAUAUUUUCUUACAUUGGGAAAUGACCCCCCAGUGGCACGGCGGUAUGUCUGCCGCCUUACAACGCUAGAAUCCGGGUUUCGAUACCCGUGAUGCGCAGAGCACAGAUAGCCCAUUGUGUAGCUUUGUGCUUAAUUACAAACAAUACAUUGGGUAAUAGAGCUAUACUAAAAUUAAUUGAGUAAUACAGCUUCAAAAAUAUUAUAUCAUUCAAUUUGUUAUAUAAUGUAAAAUGCUGCACAGUGCAUGUUUAUAAGUGAAAAGUUAGCCAGAUAUUUGUUUUAUGUGUACUAUUUUAAUUUUUUGGAAAAAUGGUUUUAAAUGUAUCAGCUUGGUCCAGGUUCUUUGUGAUUUUGCUUAAAUUUCAGUAUGAACCUAGAGUCUUCAGCUGGACUUGAAAUGGUUUUUGUUAUCUUAUGUAAAUUAAUAUGAGAAAAUAUGGGACUUCAGUUCUUAACUGUUCAUUUUGUUGGUUUUGUUACUUAAUAUGAAACAUUCUAAAUAAGUUAAAAGUAAAGGGUUCCAUCAUUAACAAAAAAAUAAUAAAUGUUGUGUUACUUAUUUAAACAAAGCUUCUUUAACUUUCUAGAAGUUUGUUUUGUCAUUAUGAAAUGUGAGCUUUGCUCUGGUAGUUGAUAAUUGAAAUAAGCAUCUAAGAUUACUUUUGUAUUACUAUUAUACAUAUAUAUAUUUAUCAAGAAACAGUUAUAUUUUUUGGAAGCUAGAUUCAAAGAAUUUUUUAUUACAAAUUCAAAUAUAUUUUUGUAUCUCUACAAAAAGCAAAUGCCUGUUACCAUCAUUUUUGAUCACAAAAUAAGGAAUGCUUUAUUUAGUCUUGUAUCUACUCAAAAUAAUCUAUAAAUAUCUAUUUUUUUUUACCUUAAGCUCACAAAAGCUAUUUUUAUUGUUAAGUUUCGUGCAAAAUUUGUGUAUCAUUGCAAAAAUGUACUUAAUAAACAACAUUCCACUUUAAUACAAAAAAACCCAUAAGUAUAAAAAAGUGAAUCCAAUGAUUUUAGAAGGAAUUGAUCUAAUAAUGACAGUAACAUUAAUAAAAACGAGAUUUAAUUUUCUAGAAAAUGUAUAGUAGUUUGAAGUUAUAGCCAAAUGUGUGUGUUAUUUUACCAAUGUAAGGAAAGAAUUUUAAAUUUCAGUUGAAAUAUUACUUGGAAAUUGUGAUAUUUUGUGCUUUAUUAGUUGUUUACUCUUUACAUUAAUUAAGUAACAGAUGAAUGAAUCAAGUUUUCUAGUACUUAAAUAUAAAAACAUUAAAUUACGCAGUGUAUCAUGUCCGUGUAUAAAUUGUUGUCAUAAAAAAUAUUUGUGUUUAAACUUGUGUUUAAUGUUUAAGGUGUAAAGUACUGAAUUAAAUUAAAUAUAAUCUUAACUCCAAGAUCCAAUUUUGUGUGUUUAAAUAUUCUUUGUGAUAUAGAAAGUUUCUUCAUUCCACUCCCUUUUUUUAAAAACCUAUUAUUUGAAUUUUUAUGUAAAAUUGUUCAAAUGUAUGAGCAACUAUGUUGAUGUAAGAUUCAACUUUAGAAGAAAGUGAAUAUUUUGAUUAAACUUCCCUGACAUUUACCCAUUCCAAAUCUAGCUUAAUACAAUAUGUUAUUCAGACUGUGAAAUUUGACUUAUCCAUCAGUUUGCCAGGUUUUCAAAUUAUUGCUUAAUACUGAUCUGGUAUUCAAUUACUAGUGUGCCAUAUGGUGAAAUUCUUGAAUAUAAAUUACUGUAAACGUUAAUGUGAAUUCGUUUGUUAAGUACAUAUACGCUAUCUUAAGAUAUUUAAUUUGAAAAUGUGUUUUUGAUAUCAUUGCACAAAAAAGCAUAUGUCCUAUCAUCAAUUGAACCUGAUAUUUUUUCAUGUAAUGCUAGUAUAGAAUAAAAAUAGCUUGAAUG